CCCCGCCCCCUCAUGGCCCUGUCCUGACUCCUGACCCGCCGUGAUGGGGAUAGCUCUAGCAGUCUAGCUCGCUCCCUGUCCCUUAUAAUCCGCCGAUCCACGAAGAUACAAACAGCCUCGCAAGCCACCGCGGCCAUCUUAGCUAGCUGCAACUGCAAGCCGGGAGUCCUCAUGGCGAGCCAAGCCUUCCUGUACCUCGCGCUGCUACUGCUACUCUGUAGUGCCACCCAAGGCGACGAGAUGGGAGCCGAUGCGGCGGGCGGGACGCCGUGCCGGGCGGCGGACCUGGUGGUGCGGCAGUCGGCGACGGGGCGGGUGGUGGAGGGGAAGCCGGAGUACGCCGUGGAGCUGACCAACCGCUGCCGGUGCGCGCAGUCCAGGGUGCUGCUCCGCUGCUACGGCCUCAGCAGCGUCGAGGCCGUGGACCCGCGGGCGAUCCGGCCAGUUGACGGAGAGCGCUGCCUGCUCCGGGGCGGCCGGCUGAUCCCGAGCGGCGCGCCGGUGCGGUUCAAGUACGCCUGGAUGACGCCGUUCGACUUUCCACUGAUCAGCUCACAGGUUCACUGCUAGGUACUACAUCUAGCUAGCUGCCGUGCCUAGCUCAGCCGAUGGUACAAAUGUAUACGGUGAACUAGUGCGAUUGCGCGCUCCGCCGCGCAUAAUGCUAUUCUUCCUGUUUGAUACUCUCUCCGGUUUAAAGUAAGUGACGUGAUUCUAGUUCAGAUUUCCAACUAGAACCACGACACAUAUUUUUGGAUUGGAGGAAGGAGUGUUUAGCUAGGCUGAUUUGAUGCGAUUUCUCUCUGUUAUAACAUGAAUGUGAGUGUUACUUA